AUGGUGGGUACUGCGAAAGCACAUGGUCCCAGAGGUAUACGUCAAAUGGAUAAAAAUGAUCUAUCACGGAGCCACGAGCCAUGUGCAAGCCGCGGCAGGACAGUCAAAACAUUCCGCAUAAAGACCGGCGUGCAUCAAGGAUCGGUGCUUUCUCCUCUACUCUUCAUCACAGUCAUGGAUGCAGUGACGGAAGGUCUCAAGCAACAGCCUCCAUGGGCUCUCCUGUACGUCGACGAUGUGGUGUUGAUGGCAGAAAACAGAAAAGAAGUUGAAGAAGAAGCACAAAGAUGGAAGGACCACUUAGGUCCCACGGCUUAA